UGAGAGGCGUCCAUACAUGUUUCAAAGUCCACUUCUUAGUCUGUUAACAGCCGAAAGUGGUCUAAAUCGAAAAGGACAAGUCGUAAAAAGGCAACGAAAUAUAGCAUAUUAUUGGGAAGAUGGCCGAUCCAAAUAGUGCGUAUCCUCCCCAGCAAUCUUAUGGCCAACAGUCUCCGGCAUACGUUCCCCAGCAGGCAAAUUAUAAUGCGCCACAGUAUGGACAACAACAGCCACAGUACGGCCAACCACAGGCACAGUACGUCAUGCAGCCACCACCCCAGUACGGUCAGCCACAAUAUCCCCAGCAACAAAAUUAUGGCACUGGAGUAGCUAGCUCCGCGUCAGGGCACACUAGCGUUUCACUGGGCGAUAAUGACAACAGCGAUUUACGAGAGGAAGGCGGAUUCACUACUACAUUCAACAACGUCAAUACAAGACGAGUGUUCAUUAGGAAGGUUUACAUCACUCUUUCAAUUCAACUUCUCAUUACUUUCGGUGUUGUAGCGGUCUUCAGCUACGUGGAUUCAAUUGCUGAUUGGGUUCAAGAUAACCCUGGCGCUUACUAUGCUUCUUACGGUAUAUUCAUAUUUACUUACAUCGCACUAGUGUGUUGCCAAGGACUUGCGAGGAAAUCGCCCAUCAACUACAUCGCGCUCGCUGUGUUAACAUUGAGUUUGACGUACAUGGCGGCCACAAUUGCCAGUUUCUAUGAACAAAAAGUUGUGUUCAUCGCUAUGGGAACCACACUGGGUAUCACGAUUGCAAUAACUCUGUUCAGUAUACAGACCAAGAUUGACUUCACAAAGAUGGCAGCGUUCAUCUGCAUUUUCUCAAUGUCAGUGUUUAUGUUUGGAUUCUUCUGUAUCUUCUUCUAUAACGAGGUUGCGUAUACUGUCUACGGCUGGCUUAUUGCUCUUCUGUUUGGCAUGUACCUGAUGUUUGACACCCAUCUCAUAAUGGGAGGCAAGAAGUAUGAGCUAAGUGAAGAAGAGUACGUGUUUGCAUCCGUGAUUCUCUACAUCGACAUCGUCUACUUAUUCCUCAUCCUCCUUUCGUUAUUCGGCAAAAACUAAAUACACGGUCGCCUUGAUUCUCAACAUCUGUACACACGUGAUUAAUUGGGAUAUUAUAGACACGAUGUUCAGAUGAGUAGGUUACAGUCGUGUCGCGCCAAAAUGAAUGCUUAAAAUAUAACACAUGGUUUACUCGUGGUAAAUCUCAUAAAUACUCACUUUGGCACGCGACACUAAAGUUGUACGCGAUGCACGCACAUUGACUCAACGUCAAGCCAUCCUUGUGAUUUUAAAAAUGUUGUAACAUAGGUAUACAUACAAUAAUUUUGUUGAUUUGUGAUAAACUUUUAACACACGGAGGCCCGUAAACCUUCAACAAUAUGAUAGGCUUAGUUAGAUAUUAAAUUUGUGUGGUGUAUAUACUCGCACAUUACACAUAGGUGCGCACAGAAAUAAGUUCCUCUAUUCUUUGCAAAUACUGUAUACUACAAUUCUAGUAAUCAAUUUAUUGUACCCCAGUAAAACAUAACUAACACAACAGACUGACCUUCCGCUAAGCACCGUCCCUUGGAUGUCGGACAACACAUGUUUGUGAGACGCGCGCGUAUUCAUGGCUCUUUUCUGAUUGGUCAGUUGUUAAGUUAGAUUGGUACUCCGGAAAGGUGUAUUGUAUGGAUCUUUGUCUCAUUUGAAUUUGAUUGAUAGCUAAUUUAAUCAUUUUAAUGUAAGUCGAUGAUAUUUUGGUGUUUACUUUUUCCUACGUUCUUUCUUUUAAUACCUUUUGUGAUUGUUGCAAUUUCUGGACUGUAAUGAUUUUGUGUGACGGCCCGUGAUCGUCAGCAAGCGCUUUUUUGGGUCACUCUCCGUGAAUAAAGUUGAAUAAAAAAAUUACCGUUUUGAAAUUAA